GGUUAACCUUGUUCUUGGUGUCUCCGGUUCACUGACCCCAACUGUUUGAUCGGGUCAGAGUCACUGAGACCUGCGAGUGUCAACAAGUCACUGAACUGGAGCGACUGCCUGUUUCCCAAACCUGUUUUUAGUCCCAUGGUACCCACAUGCACGCCUGCCACCUUUUGCUCUUUGCACCGUUCGUCUUUAUUUCUGGUCUGUUCAGUAGUGUGUCCACGACCUCCGUUCUCCAUCGAGCUGGACUGAACCUCGGAUUUGAAGUCGGAACGCGAUGUGGCGGCACCUGGCUGUGGUUUUGGUGGUUUGGACAUGGAUGGGCUCGGCCAUCAUCAGGGUCCCCCUGAGGCGGGUCCCGUCCAUCCGGACCCAGCUCCGCGCCGUCGGGGGGCUGGAGGAGUUUCUGGAGCAUCAUCGCCCUGACGUGUACGACCGGCGCUACGCUCAGUGCUUCCCACCGGGCUCAGCGUCGCUGAGGCUCAGCCGCUCCAGCGAGAAGCUCUACAACUUCAUGGACGCCCAGUAUUACGGCGACGUCGGCCUGGGGACGCCGAUGCAGAACUUCUCUGUGAUCUUCGAUACGGGCUCCUCCGACCUCUGGGUGCCGUCGUCCUACUGCGUCAGCCAGGCCUGCGCGUCACACAAGCAUUUCCGAGCUUUCGAGUCGACGUCGUUCCAUCAUGACGGUCGGAGGUUUGGCAUCCGCUACGGCUCCGGGAACCUGCUGGGAAUCAUGGGCCGAGACACGCUGCAGGUGGCCGGUCUGGCAGCUCUGAACCAGGAGUUUGGGGAGUCGGUGUACGAGCCCAGUGCGGCGUUUGUGAUGGCCAGGUUCGACGGCGUUCUGGGGAUGGGCUACCCGGCGCUCGCGGAGAUCGGGGGCAAACCUGUGUUUGACAACAUGAUGGCGCAGAACCUAUUGGACGAGCCGGUGUUUUCCUUCUACCUCAGCAGGAAGGCCAACAGCAGCCUGGAGGGAGAGGUGCUGCUGGGAGGGAUAGACCCCACGCUGUUCAGCGGCGCCAUCCACUGGCUGCCGGUGACCAACAAGGCCUACUGGCAGAUUGGGCUGGACAGGGUGGAGGUGCAGGGGGCCGCGCUGCUCUGCCUUCACGGCUGCCAGGCCAUCGUGGACACAGGAACCUCCCUCAUCGCGGGGCCGUCCGGAGACAUCCUCGUCCUCCAGCAGCACAUCGGAGCCACGCCAACGAACAAUGGCGAGUACUUUGUGGACUGCGCCCGCUUGUCCAGUUUACCCCAGGUGACCUUCGUACUGGGAGGAGCGGCGUACUCCCUCUCUGCCCAGGACUACGUUCAUAAGGAGGUGUCUGCAGGCAGGGAGCUGUGCAUCAGCGGCUUCCAGGCCGUGGACAUGGUCUCCCACCACGGCCCCCUGUGGAUUCUGGGAGAUGUUUUCCUGAGGCAGUACUACAGCGUCUUCGACCGAGGCCAGGACCGCGUCGGCCUCGCGCCCGCCAAGCACGCCGACGAGCCCUGAGGGCUGUUCAAAGCCG